UGCUGAGGAGAGAGGAAGAAAACACAUGUGAUUGUCAUGCUUUGGUGCAGCAAGAUGAGACAAGGAUUUUCGGCAGCACAGGACUUAGCUACAGACGGAGCACAGGCUGUGCAAAAGCAUGAGCUCAUGUGGCAUUAGUUGGGGAAAGAGUUGAAUCUCUGAGGGCUAGAUAAAUCUGAUGAUUUAUCUUCUCUCUAGUUCAACACACACUUGUGUCAUGCAGUAGUGCUCAACGACCUCAAGAAAACCUAGAUUCGCAGCCUUAUUGGGUUUUUCUUUUUGUUGUUUUGUUUUUGGGGGUUUAAUUAACUGAAAUCAGUUGUACAUGUCUGCUUAGAAAUGGAUGAUCUUGCUUGCUCAUUCUCUGACUCUGCUUUAGCUUUAAGGCCAAUGGAGCCUGAAUUGUGCCUGGGAUCACUGGCUGGGCGCUGGGGCUCAGAGGCACUACAUGAUGUGCCACAUGCCUGACUGUGCACUGGGUGUCUGUGUGCAUGGGUCUGGCAGGAUUGAGCCUUUCUGGAAAUUUGUCUCUCUGUCCCAUAAGUGUAUAAAUGGCAGAGGGCUGUCAUUUGCAUCAUGCUCUCAGCCUUGUUUUUAUCACUCUAGUUCAUUCUUGUUAUGAGGUUGAUUGAAAUAUGGAUUGCUCCUGUAAAAUUUUAGAGCUGCGUUUUCACUUUUGCCUAAGAUAAUGGGAUUUUUAAGCAUACUUGUUUUGCAACCUGACAGAAGGAGAGACAUCUGUCUCUCAGUAUUGUGUUAAAGCUGCUAUCUCAGAGAAUUUGAGGUGUUUUCAAACAUUAUUGUGCUGCCUUAAGACUGCCAUGAAAUUGCUGAUGUAAAUGACUAACAAGAAGCUGUUUUUUGCUAAGCAAAUACUGCAGCUCGUGAAAAUGGUAAAAGUAUUAUGUCUUUGCUACAUGAAUGGCUUUACCCACAGGGGAAAAAUGUAGCAGUCUGAAUCGAAACCAAGACCAUGAACACAUGCGAUCCUGGCUAUCAUGUGAGUCUUCCCUAUUUGCAUAUUCAAUAUGCAGAAACUGUUUUAUUAGGAGAAUAUGUCAUACUGACGUGUGUUUAGAGAAAGUUCUAAACUGUGCUUGUGUAUGGGGAAUGCGGGCUGGUGUGUGACCAAAUGUAGGCUGUGCUGUGCUGGCAGCCCACUUCCUUCAGCAGCCCUCCACCUCAUUUGCAGGGGAUGAAGCAGAGGCAUAGCAGAGGCUCCCCUGCUCUGGUUCAAGUGCUUGCAAUCCUGUUUGGGAUGUAGGAAGGCCAGGUUCACCACUGCAGGAGGCAGCUGCAAAGCAGUGGCUGAGGCACGCAUGGUUUUGUAGCUGGAGAGGACAGCUGCCCCCUCAUGCUGCCUUCUCCAGAAACAAAAUAGACCAGAGGCCCCAAAUAAUCCAGUACAGUGGGGUAUCAAGAGCACAGAUAUCCCCCACUGGAUGCAAGGAGGUUUCCCUCAGCUGGGGUACAAAAUGCCUGGUCAUGGCUGCUGCCCACCACAUCUGCAGCGAUGCUGGAUGCUGGCAGAGAGCUCCCCCUUGCCCCCACCCAUGUGAUGCCACAUCACCCCCGAGGUGCUCAAGGAGCCUCUUUACUUACUUUGCUUGUGGGAAUAUCUUUUUCUCCUGAUCGGGAUGGGUAUUUUCCACCUAGGGCAUGAAAAUAAAGGUGAGCAGGUAGGUCUGGCACUUUGUAGUCCUCAUCCCCACUGACAAUCCAUGGGCACCUGUGUUCCCAUAGGGAGACCCCUUCUCCGGCUUUUUGGAUAAGGCACUUUAUUCAGCUUCUCUGCUGCUGUUCUCCCCUGGAGGCAGUCCCUGGCAAGGCAUCCAGUUCUGCCCUGGAAGCUGCAGGAGCAGGGGCUGUCGCAGGGGGGUAGAGGCACAAAUCACCAGUCCGAGGAUGGAGGGAUGGCAGGGACAAGCUGGUGGCUGUUGGCAGGUGUUACAGCACGUAGCUAUUCGUGGGAAGUACAGCCUGUGUCCCGCUGUGGGGAGCCUGGCAGUACCUCUGCAAAGUUUGUGGAUUUGAGGAGCAAUCAGCCUUUCUGGGCUUGUCUGUAUUAAACACCUCUAGAUGAGUGAGUGAGCAGUAAAUAUUGGAGAGAGAUAGCAGAGAACCAGUCUCAUGCUCCCACAAAUGAUCUACAUCAAUCUGACCUUUAGUGUGUCUUGGUGAAAAGCAAAAGGAAGAAAAACACAGCAGUUGUGCCACACAAAUUGCAAACACACGGGUGAGUGCAAGGCUAGCAGACACGACAGCUUCUGGGACAUCUGUCUCCAGCAGCUGAAAUAAUCCUUGCUGUUUCAAGCAGAAGACUAUACUUCCAGGUUUAGGUACUGAAAUUAUUUGGCAAAUUUGGAGCCUUUACAUUAUGUUCAGAUUGCUGUUACCGUGUUUCUUGGUAAUAAGAACUAGGCUUGCUGGGUUGUAUGUUAUCACUUAUGGUUUAAAAUGUUGUGUUUGUACGAUGCCUGUAAUGUACAAGCAUUUUGCAAUGUAGUGUUAAUAUUUAUAUCUUAGUUUUAUAUAUAUAAUAAAAAUGCACUAAGGGGUGUGAAGCUGCCAAGUCAUAUGAACUUGAGAAAUAUACCCAACUUGCUGAAGGAGGUACAUUAUGAGUGGGUCUCUAAUUGCUUAUUUGCAUAUUCUCUUUCUUUCCCAGUACUGAGGUAAAUAGGUGAUGCCAUGAUCUUUUGUUGUUGAUACUUUCCCUGAUAAAUAUGUGCUCUUUGGUCUCAUUUCUUCUAUAUACUAUCUACGUUUGGCAACUCGCCUGAAAUAAUUUCUUUCUAUAUAUGCCUCUGGUGCUUUUAUAAGACCAGCAGAAAGUUUUGAAAAUAUUAGUAAACUUCCUAACUUUCUGUUUAGUGGGAGGAUUUAGAUUGCUUUCAUUACAGCUGUGUAUAAAAAUAAAGUUAUAAUCCUACCUCCUUCCAGGUUGCCUACUUGAUUUUCUCUGAAUUAUGUGUAGUGGUUUUCCUACACUGAGCACAAACUCCUCUACCCUAGUUGGAGAUGCAAGGAGGACUGUUUCAUGUAAUUCAGUCCUAGAAUUCCUAUGAGAUACAUUUAAAAUAAUAUAUGUAUGUAUAUUUAUAAUACACGUAAUUCACAUUAGGAGUCUAUUGUAACUGUCAAGCAUCGUGAGUUUAAGUAUUUUUGUUUUCUAAUCUUUAUUUAUUCCACUUUUUCUUGUUUAUAUUGAGUUGGCUUCUGAUUUUUUAGUCUCUGGCUCAGGGGGAAAGGCUGUUGGGCUUGGGUAGCUCUUCCCCAGGACUGUCAAAAGAUAAAUAGCAUAUGUUGAUCUAGCAAAUUAGACCUGUAAAUUGCUGCACAGCUCUCAGAUAAAUUCUAAUUUAGUCAAUCAUAUGUAAUCCUGUGGGAAAAUAUGUCGUGUGGUCUGAGAAUUGAAAGCAUUUCUCAGCAUCUGCAUUCAUGCCACAGAUAUGGUGACUCUCUGAGGCAGGUCCCCAGCAGUUAGAGGAAGGGAGCCCAACUUGCCUGUGGUUGGAGGGAUUCUAGGGGUUGGCUCUUGAUGGGUUUUUUUGGAGGCAGUUAAAGGCAUAGCCUUAUCAGUGAAACUGCUGGGAAAUAGUUCUGACCAGCAGUCUCAAAAGAGGAGAAAUGUGACUCAACUAUUAAAAUGAAAACAAAGGCAGAAUUCCUUUUCUUUCUUUCUAUAGUUUCACUUUGCUCUUUGCAGAGCAGCUGCAUGAGCUGUCAUGCUCGGGAAGUGGUCAACCCAAAUAUAGAAGUGCUGCUUAAAAGUGAACUCUUCAAACAGAAGGGAUGAAAUGGCAGACUUGGGGAUGUAUAGGAAGAAGGAAAGAAAGUCAAAAAACUAAUUGGAGGAAGCAGCAGAGGCUAUGGGUAAAUGGUGGGGUCUGAACUCUGCAAUGUUUUCUCCCAGCAGCUGCAGCAUUAAGCACCUGCUAUUAAGAGCUUGUGUUAGGUCUGCUUUGUACACCUGAAAUUAAGAUUGCUUUCAAUCUGACUUUACUUCGAUCCAACUGCCAAAGGGCCAACAAACAAGGCAGUGGGUGCACUUUCUGUCCUUGAAGGAGGAUUUCUUGGGCAGAGGUGGUGGGACACUGCUGCUAAGGUCACACAGAGACCCACUGAGCCACCUUCAUAAGCCACCAGCCCCCCCUUCUUCCAGAAAUACGAUGCUCCUCUGAACUGCUGUGGGACUUGACAGCACCAGCUUUAAGGAGCAAGGGCUUCAGUGGGGAGCUGCUGCAGCUCUUGUCUCCAUCUAACUUGGUGUCCCCCAACAAGAGGUUACUGGUCCAGAAAUAGCUGGACCUUCCUCCAGAAAUAUCCAGUUCCCACUUGACUCCUUAAACCCACCACCUCUGACACAAAACUGCCAAACCUAAAAAAAUCCCCACAUCCAACCAAGCGAAAAAGUGUCAUUCUUGCUCUGUGUCUGGCUGCUUGGCAAAGAAGGCCCAAUGCCACAUCACUUCAGUACAUUUUAAUUCCUGUCACCCCUGUAAUUGGCUCUGACCCCUCCUUCUUGGGACCCCACUGGUUGUGGCUGCUCAGCACCAACAUACAGACUAACUCACCUGAAGCUGAUGAACUUUUCCUGCCAGUCUCACAGGAGUGAUAAUUUGGGAUUAUUUCCUCCACCCGACUGUCAAUUUUCCCAAGCCUUGUAGAUACUGCACCACCUGCAGGUGCCCCUUUCCUUUAAUUUUUUUUCCAGGUCUGGUUAAGGUUACUCAGGAGAGAUACUGACAGCUGGAUGAUGUACCUGCAUGAGCCUCAUUCCUUAGGAAUUUGGUGUGGAUGGGCUGACUUCCACAAGUUACAUGCAAAUUUUAUGUUGCAACCUGAGCUAUCUCUUUAGGCUGACUCUGAGCUUGCCCGGUGCUGUGGAGCAGAGGAGCCUUUCCCAGUUAACCCUCAGUCUCUGCAUCUCAUGCUGCCUAGUGAGCAGCAGCAGCUAGGACUGAAGCUCUGCAGCACCAGAGCUUUGCAAGGAUGCUGAGUCACUGCAUAGGAAUGGCUAUUUCACUGAAAAAAAAGCCACAAACAGACAAAAAAAACCCUACCCUUGUUAUUUCUCCAUCCCUCUGAACUUCCGUGAGGUCUACGAUUUUUUUGAAAGAUGCGACUUCAUGACAGAGGAGUGACAUGCUACACAAAAGUCACACCAGGCUGGCACAGCUCAUUGACAGGAGCUGCAGUGAGAUGAACUGCAGUUUCUGUCCUGCAAGGGCAGCUGGUCAAUGCUCUCCCUGAGUUACUUCUCCUGGCAGUGAUUUGUUAGAGUUUUUGACAGUGAGGAAAACAGACUGUGGAUGAGCACAGGCUGGGACACAGCACAAUGCUGGUGCUGCCUUUUACAGCAGUGGUCCUUCCUCCCCUCUGCUCUCAUGAGGGAUAUGGGGAUAGCCUUGUCAAGCUAGAAGGAAAAAUCUGCUUUACACAAACCUUGCUCACAGUUCUGAUUCCUUCUCCCAAAAAGCAGUCAGGAAUGAUUUCAAAAGUAUCAGAAGUCCCACCUGUAAGUGUGACACAGCCACUUAAAGCAGUGGGUAUUCUGCCAGCCUGGGAGCAAAGAGCCUGGAGCUGAAACCUUGAAGGUGUGUGAGCUCAUCUCUGCUCCUUGCUACCAGAGGAGAGGACCCACCAGCUUCACAUGGAUUUUGCUGGCCUUGACUCAAAGUGCUUUUGAGAGUAAGGCUUCAUGCUUUGGGGACUUUUGCCCUUUCUCUCAAGGCCAGGUAAAGCGGUCAUGACUUAGAUGUCUGGACACAGACCUGCGGGGAGAUGAGGGGUGGAUUCUCUUUGGAAACAAGCAGAACAUUUAAUUUUGGCAAUGGAGUGCCUCAUCUGAGCACCGCAAGACCAAGUAAGCAGUCAGGAUACAAUAUGCAAAGAUUGCAGGACCUUUUCUCUGACUUACCAAGAAAACAAGGGAAAAGAAAGGGAAUUUUCCACCUCUCCUAGGUGGCUCCUGCUGAGCAUCCUCCUCUGUCUUCACAGCUCCUUAGGAGACAAUCUAUUCCUAACCACUGUUGUCCUUAACUGUAGCACACUUACAUAUCUCAUGUACAGCAUUUAAAUACAUUGUACAGUUUAAUCUAUUUUUUUAUUGUGUAUAUAAAAGCUUGUCUUUACGAGACGUGGUGCUAACAGAUAAGAGAUGGCAAGGUGAACCUCUACAUGUAAUUUUCCUUCCUGGAAACUUGGAGCAGAUGACAAGUACUUUCUGUUCCUUGCGUUCCUCACCAGGACGAACACCCAUCCUCCCUUCAGUAUGCUCUCCAUGCUGGGAGCCUACAGAUGAAGUCACCUUCCUAAGAAUCAUCCUGAGCUACAAGGAAGAAAUAAAAUAGAAGAACCAGAAAUACUAUUUACAGGGUUGGUGGUCUGGGGAAUAAGCAAGUUUUUGUUCACACAUUCUAAUUGUGGUACAUUGCUGGAAAAGAAAAACAAAUCUCUGUAAGACUUUAGGUGUCUGCAACAAUUUCAUCAAAACUCAGAGGCAAUGCCUUGAGAGAUGGCACUGAAUUCUGCUGAUGAGAGAGAACAUCCUGGUGAAGCAGAAAGGAAGAAAUGAAUGUGAACCACCAGGUUUUUCAAGCAGUAGCUGCAGAACAAUCUUCUGCCUGAUUUAUUCCCAAGCUUUCACUGACUUUAAAAUGUGACUGAAGCUCAGGCAUGGUGUGCAGUUCUCAGAAAUGAAGAUGCUGAAGCAGAGGAGCAUGAGAUUUGACUGACAAGGAAGGAAGAGGUCUGUAAUCCACCAAAAGUCUAUGUAAAGAUGAACAGAGCAGGAACUGUCUGAAUAUAUGCACUUAAAGAUACACUCACAAAAUUUAAAUAAGUGGUGGGGUUAAUGAGUGGAUCUCAUAUUUCUGCCUGCCUUGUGUUUAAAGUAAUUAAUCAAGAGCUGGUGUUGCCCAGUCCCUGGAGAAAGGGAAGGGAUCAGACAGAGAUGCUGCAGCAGUCAGAUGUGCAUGCAGACACCCUCCCAGGUAGGCUGGUAGGGAGGUCUCCACAUGCUCGGAAUGUGGAAAAAGGCAGAGCUUGGAAAGAGCAGCCAGAACACAUGGCUUUUAUCAACACUUAUGCUGGGUAUACAGGGGUGCUGCAAAUGGAGCCAAGAAAUUUUUCCCACCGUUUUUCUUCAUCCUUUGCUAAGACUGAAGGUUUGAUCUUUAUCAAGAAGUGUUUGCUCUAGCAGCACACAGAUUUCAGGGUAUUGGAAGAUUACAGUGUUUCUGGCAGAAAAUAAGAUGGUUAUAGUCAACACGAACAUUUCCUAUAUAUCAACUGGGUUUGCAAUUCUUUUUAAAAUCAAGUGCAGUUCCUUUUGUGGUCACUAAGUGGUGUCAGCUACAAGGAUAGUGUCUGCAAGCUCGUGGGAAGUUCUCCUGUUAAACUGUUGUUUUAAAAUUGUAGCAGAACUAAGAGGAGGACAUCAGCAAAGACUGUAAUGAAUCUUUUCAGAGGUCAUUUGCACCCUGCUAAGAGACUCUGCUGCAAAAGGACAUGCAGCAAAUCUUCAAUGGGUUGUGGGUUUCGGGGGGGUUUCUUUUCAGUUUUGAAAGUUCUGAGAGGCUGACAAUCAGAAAUUAAAUAUUUGCUUGUGAAUCUCCAUUUCAAGCUGGCAGUUUACUGUCUGGCUUGUUCCUGAGUCUUGGUCCAGAGUCUGUUGGAGCUGCUUAAUAGCUGUAAAAGGUCUGGCAAACCCCACAAGAACCAUUUUUACGUUGAUUUCACAUUUUGAUCAGGCCAGAAUGCCCUUCCAGAAAUUUUGCAUGAAAAUGCAACUAUGAAAAUAAGGAAAGGAAAACAAGAUACCUCAAAUGAAAAAGACAGUAGUAUGAAGCAACUGCAGUUUUGAAGACUGAUAGGAAUCAAUUAUUGAACCUACUCAAAAGCACAUCCAAAAUGUUUCUUUAGAGGCAUAUUGAUACCUGAGCUGUUUCUGUGUUCAGACUAAUUACCUCUUGGGAAGAGAAAAGGAACUGUAAAUGUGUAAGCACGUCUGAGAAUUUUUUGUGUAAAGUUAUGACUUGGGCCCGCUGGCUUCCCCCAAACUAUUUGCAUGAUUCAAGGCUGAUCUGUGCAGCCAUUCGACUGAAAGAAAACAUUUUAAUUGCAAUCGUGGUCAUUUGGAGUAGUAAGAACUUGCAAAAAUGUAAGCCACCUCAUCAGGAAGCAGAAACACGAAGCACAGUUUACCAGUAGAAGUUUGAUUAGCAAAUGAGGUGUCACUGGCUGUUUGCCCCACUAUGCGGUGUGUGAGCCACCCCUGGGCUGAGGGUUUGGCUGGUUUCGGCCAUAUGAUCACAACCCACAGAAAAAAGGGAAACACAGGAGUAACAAUGACAAAGCAAAAAUGCACAAAAACAAUGGCUCAAACCAGCUGUGUCACCUAUUUUAAUGUCAUCUCAAGUGAAGGUGGAGAGGAAGGCGUGUGCUUGUGGGACAGCAACCCUGUCUUUCCUAGGGACAGGCCUGGGGAGGGAUCAUGGACCUCUGGAGAUGGGGGCAACCUCAAUGGAAGAAAGGGGAGACCAAAGCUCUGCUUUUUCUCUGAGGCAACAUAUGACCUAGGUCCUGGAUCUGGCCCUUGGCUUGCUCUGGUCUCCUUAACUUAGAAAAAGAGUUGUGUUACAGCAACAUUAGCAGCUCCUGCAUGUCCACUGACUUACACGAAGGGUGCAGACCUCUAACUGGGUCCUCUGAGUUGGGGACAUUUGCACUUCUGAUUUCAGCAUGAUUACUGACCUGAACUCCUUUCCUAGAGCUCAGGUCAGGACCAGGGUGGCCUUCCAUCCUGCAACUCACAGGCACUGCUCAGCUGGCUUAGAAAUCUGUGUUUGCGUUUAGGCACUUGUGAAAACCCAACCUUAUGGAAGAGGUGCUUGUGAAAAACCCAUUCCCCCUGCCUGUCUAGCAGCCCAGCCGGGAAAUUGUCAGUUUCUGACUCUGACGUUUGUUGUCAUGUCCCCCAAAAAUUUUGUUAUUCAGCUGAUUGUCAGAGGGGCAGGAAGUUUUUAUGAGGUCCCUCUUACUGUAGUUGAAGGGUGUGGGAAUGUCCCUAGAGUAAGAGUGCAGUGAAUAAAAAGGGGGAAGUCACACUCGAGGCAUCAGUCGCUCUUUCGUCCCGCUGAGCGUACAGCUGAGAUGAUGAUGGUCGCUUGCCUGCUCCUCUCCAGCAUCUGGACCAUUACAUCAGCCUCUGUGCAGGUGAUGAACAGAAGAGUCCAGUCGGUCCAGGCAGGAGGAAACGUUACUUUUUCAUGCCAGUCAGUCACAAAAGAAGAUGUGAUACAGGUGACCUGGCAGAAGGAGACGGAUGGGCCUGAAGACAACAUAGCGACUUACAGUACAAUGAACGGCCAGAAGAUAGCCAAGGGCUAUGUCAGCCACGUGAGCUUCGCCCACAGCGAGUUACAAGCCUCGGCCAUCUCCCUCCAUGGAGUCACCCUCCAAGAUGAAGGAUGCUACAAAUGCAUCUUCAACACGUUUCCCUCGGGGGCUGUCACUGGCAGGAUGUGUCUCAAGGUUUACGCCAUCUUGGACCCCAAAGUGGAAGCUAAACUUAUACCCAAUCCAGAUAAAGCUGAGGACUCUGAGAAAGUGGUGGGGAUAAGCUGCUCAGCAACAGGGAAACCAGCUCCAAAAAUAACCUGGCACCUUCCCAGCAUCCUGCAGCAGAAGCCAAGGGAAUAUCACAUCAAGUUCAGCAACCAGACCGUGACUGUCAUCAGCAAUUUCACCCACACUCCCUCCAAAAUCCUCCAUGAGUACCCCAUUGCCUGUGUGAUCCAACACCCUUCUCUAAAUGCGACCCUGGUCCUGCCCACGGACAGCCUGGAGCAAGGUCCGGACAGCACCGUGGCACCCACUAUUGCCAUUGCAGUGGGAGUACUGGUCCCCCUGACUUCCCUCCUCCUUCUCACCUGUCUCCUCUGCCACUGCCUCAGGCACUCACAUGACCUGGAGAGAAACCCAGCCUGGCCAUGCUGGGUACUUCCUGCCUGUAGCAAGGCCAAGAAGUGCAGGCAGUAUGGAGCUGCAGGCAGGUGGGAUCCUGUGGUGUCCCCCAGCCCCAGUGCACCACUGAACACCUGAGAAACUACCCACACUACACAUGCAAGAGGGAAACUCUUACAACGGCACCUCAAGCUUCCAGGCAAACCUGCUGUGACUCUUUCCAAGAGUAAUACAGAAAAGGACAAUUUAUAAUAGAUAUUUAUUUAUUUUGUUACACUGUAAUAUUCCGUUUUGUAGGAAAAAAGAUGUAAAGUAUUUAUUUGAGAUUCA